AUGGCCACAUCUGAAUCCCUAGAACCUGUGAAUAUGUUACCUUACAUGGCAAAAGAAAUUUUCAGGUAUUUAUCUGAGCUGAAGGAAGAUGAUGAUGCAUGUAAAAAAGCCCAGCAGACAGGAGCAUUUUACCGCUUUCAUAACCUGGCUCCUUUGGUUCAGAAAUCAGAACAUCAAUACCUGGCCCCCCAGCUGUACCUACUUCAAUUGGAAAGGCUCCUGGGUAAGUUUGGGCAGGACAUGCAAACAACAGAAUAUUCCGUGCUAAUUGGAUGCUCCGAACAGCAAGAAGCAUUGUUUGCUCUGGAUCUAGGUCUAAAUAGCUCCUCUUCCAUAAAUGCUUCCUUACAGAAACCUGAAAUGGAGACAGAGCUCAAGGGGUCUUUCACUGGGCUGAGGAAGGCUCUCUUUCAGCUGAAUGUGAAGGAUGCCUCCUUGCUAUCCACGGCUCAGGCUCUUCUCCAUUGGCAUGAUGCUCAUCAGUUCUGCAGCAGAAGUGGACAGCCCACCAAGAAGAAUGUGGCUGGCAGCAAGCGUCUGUGCCCUUCCAAUAAGAUCAUCUAUUAUCCACAGAUGACUCCUGUGGUGAUCACUCUGGUGUCAGAUGGGACUCAAUGCCUGCUUACCCGCCAGAGUUCCUUUCCCAAGGGAAUGUAUUCUGCCUUGGCAGGUUUUUGUGAUAUAGGUGAAAGUCUGGAAGAGGCUAUCCGGUGAGAAGCUGCAGAAGAGGUGGGAUUGGAGGUGGAAAGACUGCAAUACUCUGCAUCUCAGGACUGGCCCUUUCCUAAUGGUGCACUUAUGAUUGCUUGUCAUGCAACUGUGAAACCAGGGCAGACAGAGAUCCAGGUGAACUUGAGAGAACUAGAAGCAGCUGCCUGGUUCAGUCAUGAUGAGGUGGCCACAGCCCUGAGGAAAGACAACCCAUAUUAUCAGCAACAGAAUGGGGCUUUCCCAUUCUGGUUGCCCCCCCCCAAGUUAGCCAUUACCCACCAACUGAUAAAGGAGUGGGUGGAAAAACCGACCUGUUCUAUCCUGCCUGCUUAG